AUGAAAAGAGCGGGACUAAAAUUCAAGCCAUCAAAGUGCGAGAUACUCAAGGACUCGAUUAAAUACCUGGGGAGGAUGGUGGAUGAACAUGGCAUCAGACCAGACCCAGACGCAUUAGAAGCGGUGCUGACUUGGAAAUCACCAAAAACAGAGCAUCAACUGAUGAGCUUCUUGGGUUAUGCGAACUAUUACAGGGAAUUCAUUAAGGGCUAUGCGAACAAAAUGUACCCGAUGCAGCAACUCAUGAAGCACAAAGGCAAGAAAUUCACGUGGAACAACGAGGCAGAAGAGUCAUUCCAAAGAAUAAAGAAGGAGUUGUGUGAAGCACCUGUGCUAGGUAUGCCAACGGAAAAAGGAAUGAUGCAGCUUGCGGCGAGGACUGGUUGA